CUGCUCUUGAUUGUCCCUCUGUCCGGCGGUUCGUGGCGGCUGAACGGCGUGACGGGGCGGAAGUCGGCGGGCUGCUCACGCGAACAGAGGUUAGUUGAUCUGGUCUGGUGGUUCGACGACGAUGGUCGACUGUCGGGGCGCGGCUGUUCACGACGGCGGCUCCCCCUGGACGGCUCGCGAGCGGUUUGCGCGUCUCCCGACAGAAAUUGGCUGCCCUCUGCGUCGGUCGAACGUGGCAGCGGCCCCACUUCGCUGGUCUCCGACGGCGUCGCCGGCGUGGCGUACGCGGGUGCCGCUCGUGGUCAGGGACGGCAGGGUUCUCGGUUGCUUGAGGAGGCCUCGUCGGAAUCGCUCAGCAGCACAAGGGCGUUUCAGUCGCUGCGCUCAUCUCGCCGGAAGAGCUGA